CCGCCCUUCAUUCAUUCUUCCCCUUGGCGAAUCUCUUUCCUCCCCGCUCCCCACAGAUUCCGCCGCACCGUCGCCGGCGCCGGCGCCCACCAUGGCGCUCCUCCUCCGCCACUCCCGCAAGCUGCGAAGGGUGCACGGUGUCCUGGACUGGGAGCGCGGGAGCAUCGCUCGCCACUUCUCCGCCAGUGCCUGCUCCGCCGCUGCGAAAGGAGAAGCUGUCUCAAGUUCGAGUGUUCAUGGGGAGUACGGGAAAAAGGUUGGAAGCUCGAGCAUUUUCCAAGACAGGCAGUCUGGAAAAGACCUGCAUACCUUCAAGGUAUCAUCACGAGAAGCAAGGGGAAGCUACAGCUUGAAACGGAUGCCAAUUGCUACUGGGGUCAAUAGCUUGUUCUCAUGUGGACAGGUAGUUUCGGCAAGACAAUUUUCAAGUGGGGCAGAUUUGCCACCGCAUGAGGCAAUCGGGAUGCCUUCUCUUUCUCCUACUAUGACUGAGGGAAAUAUUGCAAGGUGGGUGAAGAAGGAAGGAGACAAAGUUUCACCUGGUGAAGUUCUUUGCGAAGUGGAAACCGAUAAAGCUACCGUGGAGAUGGAAUGCAUGGAGGAAGGCUAUCUUGCUAAGAUUGUUUGUGGAGAUGGCGCAAAAGAGAUUAAAGUUGGCGAGAUUAUUUGCAUAACUGUGGAAGAGGAGGGUGACAUUGAGAAAUUUAAGGAUUACAAGGCUUCGUCUUCUCCUUCAGCUGCAGCUCCAGCUGAAUCCAAACCUCAGUCUGAGCCUGUGCAACCAAAAGAAGAGAAGAAAGAGGUUUCCAAGGCCCCCGAGCCAACAGCUACAAAGACUGAAGAAUCUUCUCAGUCAGGGGAUCGCUUAUUCUCCAGUCCUGUUGCCAGAAAGUUGGCGGAAGACAACAAUGUACCGCUUUCAAGCUUAAAAGGUACUGGUCCAGAUGGGCGUAUUUUGAAGGCAGACAUUGAGGAUUACUUGUCUUCUGCAUCCAAGGGUUCGAAGAAGGAAGCUGCAGCAGCUCCAGGACUAGGCUAUGUGGAUCUUCCAAAUACACAAAUACGGAAGGUUACUGCAAACCGCUUGCUGCAAUCUAAGCAGACCAUCCCUCACUACUAUCUGACAGUUGAUAGCCGUGUUGACAAACUUAUCAAAUUGCGGAGUGAAUUGAACCCGAUGCAGGAUGCAUCUGGCGGGAAGAAGAUAUCUAUAAAUGAUCUUGUCAUUAAGGCUGCAGCGUUGGCUCUUCGUAAGGUUCCUGCGUGUAACAGUUCCUGGAUGAAUGAUUUUAUUCGCCAGUACCACAACGUGAACAUUAAUGUUGCUGUACAGACUGAGCAUGGUUUGUUCGUUCCAGUAGUUAGGGACGCGGACAAGAAAGGGUUGGCCACUAUUGCUGAUGAGGUGAAGCAGUUGGCUCUAAGAGCAAGGGAUAACAGCCUAAAACCAGAAGAUUACGAGGGUGGCACUUUCACCGUCUCGAAUCUGGGAGGCCCUUUCGGAAUCAAGCAAUUCUGUGCCAUCGUAAACCCUCCCCAAUCGGCAAUCUUGGCUAUUGGCUCUGCUGAGAAGAGGGUGGUCCCUGGAGUUGAGGGCCAAUUUGAAGUUGGGUCCUUCAUGUCAGCCACGCUAAGCUGCGACCACCGGGUCAUUGAUGGCGCCAUGGGUGCGGAAUGGCUCAAGGCAUUCAAGAGCUACCUUGAGAACCCGACGACCAUGCUGCUGUAGGAGUUUCUUUUUUUCUGCUGUAAAUGAUGAUGAUGAGAGCAGUUUUUCUGUGUAGGCUCUCAUAAAUAAAGACCACAAUAACCACGCCUCAUUUUUGGCAAUGAGGGCUUGGGAACCAAGAGCAAACAAACAGAUCAUAGUCGGCACACGAUGUUUAACCUAUUUAUCGGCAAAUGGCCGAUACACCUUUUCCCCCUGCAUUACCUGACCGGUGGAAAUUUGUCGCCUACUUUUGUGCUGUGUUUUACUGAAUCCGAUUCAAAGAAUAUUGUGUAUCGGUUUGUUGCAAGGUGCCAAUGAAUUCCUGGAUUUAUAGUUU